UUUUUUUCCAUUUAGAAGCCAGGGCCUGUGCAAUGAGAGGAAUCUGCACAAGAAUUCAGCAGGCGUUGGAACUUUCCUCAUUGUGUUGGAGCAGUAGACGGAAAGCACGUCCAGAUUAUUGCACCACCAAAUUCUGGAAGCAGCUUUUUCAACUAUAAGGUACUGUUCACUCCAUAAGCUGAACCAGAUGUCAUACAUAUACAAGGGAUGCUCAUGCAUGUCUAAUGUUCUCCUUUUAUUAGGGGACGUUCUCCAUUGUUUUGAUGGCCAUCGUGGAUGCAAAGUACAAGUUCAUGAUGGUAGAUGUCGGUGCACCAGGCCGACACAGUGACGGCGGAGUCUUCAAAUUGUGCACAUUUGGGAAAAAGCUAAACGGUGGCGUCGUGGCCCUACCAGCAGCAGCACGCCUUCCAAAAAGCCAGAAGGUUGCGCCGCAUGUUUUCGUCGGGGACGAAGCAUUCCAAUUGAGGACAGAUUUUUUGCGUCCAUUCCCGGGCAAAGGCAUGCUGCCAAUCCAGAGGGUAUUCAACUACCGGCUGAGCAGAGCAAGGCGCAUCGUGGAAAAUGCCUUUGGCAUUUUGACAGCUCGUUGGAGAAUCUUGCUUGGGCCCAUGAACCUUCUACCUAAAAAUGCAACCUUUGCUGUCCUGGCUUGCUGCGCUCUCCAUAACUUCAUCUCUUCUGCCCGGGAAACAACCUACUGUCCACCAGGCUAUGUGGAUUCCGAGGAUGAUUAUGGGAAUAUCGUCCCAGGCCAGUGGAGAAGUGAUGCUGUGUCAAGUAGCCUGCUUGACCUUGAAACAACGCAGUCUAGAAACUACAGAGCAAGUGCUGCUGACACAAGGAAUCUUUUCGCCCAGUACUUUUUUAAUGAAGGUGCCAUUGCGUGGCAGUGGGCUCACACUGGACUUGCAGUGCCACAGAAACCAUAGUGGAUUUAAAGCACCCAUUGUCACUAUACGAAGUCUGUUAGAAAACUAUCUGAUGUGCAUUUAUUCAGAGUUGUCAUGAAAUGUAUACUUCGCUAUGAAUUGCAGCAAAUCCAUUCCCAUGUCCCGUUUCGCAUGCUUCGGGCAUGCCCGCAGCUUGUGGGCAACUAGCUGCCCGUAGACUGACGCUUGGUCCUUGUCCUCAGUUAUCAGAGCGUCAACUUUAUCAAUGUCGUCCUGCCACCGAGACCUCUCUUUCCUUUUCUUUCCUGCGCCAGACCGAGGGGCUGUCAGGGUUCUUGCAGCGGUGCUGGCUUGUGAGCUGCCGCUUGGUGUGUGUGGCUCUGGGCUGGUACUUCUUGAGGGCACAAGUGGAGAGAAAGCAUCAUCUUCAGGAUGUUCUGCUCCGUCUUGAAUAAAGAAAAGAAUUGCAAACCUUAAGCACUCAAAAAGGUUUUUGGAUCGUUUUAAAGAGUGGAAAAGUAAAAAAAUGAUUUGUAAACUUCCCAUGCUGCUUCUUCAUAAAUGAAAGUAUGUAUUUCAGAACAGAGCCCACGCGUAGGACCGAGCUCACACAGGACAAGAUUGUGUUAAGCAUAAGUUGAAUGCAGUGUGUACAAUGAUAGCUUCUUGCUCUUAACUAAAUUACCUUGCAGUGUUUCAGCAUUAGAAGUAAAUAAAUUAUUUUCACAUCUGAGAGACUUGACUGCUGGCUCAUUAUAUUGCAAGUGUGGGUACUUGUGUCGACAGUGUUUGCAGGUGCAUAACAGCAUAAUUGGAAUGUAAAUUUGCACCUUCUGUUUCACUGUAGAUCGAUUCCAGGACCGACUCUGCAGUUUCACCGUCCUGCACAUGGCUGUUUGAGAAGGUGCUGAAAGAAAAAUUAAGCGUCAAAUGACACGGAACAUCACACAGUUUACAUUUCACGAUUUGGUUGCUCGAAUGCUUCAUUGAUUUUCUUGUUUGGAAGCACAGGCCUCGUAUUGAAAUGCAGUUGAUUGGUCUAGUGGUGAGCCCAACAAAUGUGUGUGCAUAACAAGACAAAUUUCAACAUCUACUGUACAACUGCUUCUAUGCCAUUUGGUCUUACUGAGAAUAUGCUUUUACUGCCCAGCAUCCUUAUGUUGCUACAUAAGGCUUUCUUCAGCUCCUUUUUCAAGUAAGUUAUUGCGAAAAGUAACCCACGAAG